AAUCUCCGCUUAGAUCGGGGAUUACUCGAGGCUUUCGACCCUCCCCCGCGUUAAAAGGCGGUGAGAGUCGCCCGCCGGGGGCUCUCGCCGUCUCUUGCGGAGGGGACGACCGAGAGACUGAGUAAAGAAGGGGGAGGGAGGUGAGGAAGCGCCUUGCUCUUUUCUCUCUCUCUCCCUCUCGCUAUAUCCUGUACGCUCUCUCUCGCCUUUGGGUGCGUCUCCUCCGCCUCAUCACUCGGCCGCCGGCGGUCCCGGCCCGGAUGUGAGGAAAUCUUUUUCUUUUCCCCCUCAGUUGGUCGUUCUGGAGGGCGAUCGAGUGAUAGAUCGCGAGAUUUUGAAGAUCUGGGGGCAGAUCUGUGAGCCAAGGCUUUUCGGGCGAGGUAUAUCUGGAGAGUCAUAAUGGAGCACUGCCCGGUGAGACUCAAUACCAUGGGCCAACUGUACCCAGAAUGCAUGUCAGAUAGGAAGUCAAGAUUUUGGCAAAUUGACAACCAAUCUAUUCCAGGAGAACUCAUCUGUCCGCAACCUCGUCGUCCCACUAGGGUCCCUUGUUUCAUGGAUAAUCUCAACAGAAUUGGCCCGAAACCAAAGAGCAUUUUGCCUGUCCAUAGAGGGGAUUGUGGUCCGGAGAUCCUUGAUAUUAUCUUGAACAAGUUUGGUCCUUCUCAGGAUGAUCCUGAUGGUGAUUCAGACAUGAACAACCAAGCAGGCUUCUUCUGUGGCUCGCCGCCUGUGCGCACUAACAACCCAGUAGUCCAAGAUGCGAAGUUCGCUAAACAAACUCGAGACUUGGCUUCUCCUUUAGGAAACUCUUUUGGGAUAAAGCCAGCAGGGAGAGUCGAGAGAGGCUCCCCAUCCUGCGGGUCAUCAUUUGGAGGGAGCCCCAAAGCAAGAAUCGAAGGUUUUGCCUGUGGCAACUCUGAGUCCCACUGUGUAGUCCCUGCUCUCGCUUGACCCAUCACAACCCUAACCGGCCCUGCCGCCUGUGCCGCUGUAAAUUAUUGCCCUAGUUAAUGGGCCUUUUUAUCAAAGGUGCUGUUUAAUCUUUUGGUUAGCCAUCCUAGCUGUUGAAACUUUCCAAAUGCUAGUUUGGGGGAAGAGAGUUUGCUCCUGUAAAUAUCCAGGUUUCCAUGUAUCCAGAAUUUGUCUGUACGAAUGAGUCUGCUACCCGAGGUUUGUUUAAGUUGGAGGCUGGAUUCGGUUGCAUUCAGAUGUAAAAGUGUAAAUAGACUUCUUUUAAUUUCUUUUUUGUUGUGUGUGUGUGUGUGAAUCCUUAGUUCUAGUCCUAUCAAUAGCAACUACUUCUAUUCAUCUCA